AGAACAGAUCGAUGAGUCAGUUGAAAUCUACAAUCAACCAUGGGCUGCUGCGAUGCGGAUUCCGUCCAAGUAUCAAAAAUGGCUUUGGAACUGAAAAGUGGGCCAAUGUUGUGGUAUAAAAGACGCUUUUUUGGCAGCAACUGGCGCGAUGUGCAUAGCGUAUUAUACAAUGACAGCAGUCUCUUAUGGUACAGAGACAAAUCUCGUCAGGAACAGGAAGGAGGUGUAGUGCUAAAGGAUGCCCCAGAACUGAUAGCUUUUGGACCAUACACGUCCGCAGUGCCAGACAGGCCUUCAUUGCCCGAUAACUACGAAAUCAAAGAGCUCCUAGCAGUCGGGGUACGUGGGAAGGACAUCGUAUAUUGGUUCCUCUGUCCUAACGAAGAAGAAGUGGCGAGUUGGAUGGCUGCCAUCGCAGGCUCAAUUCCAAGGCCUCCUGUUCCUCCGCAACAUGUCCAGGCCACUGCUCCAAAUUAUCCAUCUCAGCCACCUCAGCAGCAGAUGCAUUCAACUCCAUUUCCACCUCAGCAACAGAUGUCUUCUACCCAACCACCACCUCAGUACACACCUCGGCAACAAGCUCCUGCCUAUACUCCUCAGCCACCAUCAGUGCCCGGCCAAUAUCCAGCUCCUAUGAGUUAUCGUCCACCAGUGCAGGCAGGUUAUAAUAGUGUCCACCCCCAACCGUACUCGAAUGCAGGUGGAGGAGGAACCACGGUAGUGGUACAAGAUCGAGGAGGCUACGCUCCCGGAGGAGGAGAUUUUGCAAUGGGUAUGUUACUAGGAGGUGCUCUAGGCACUACAUGGGGUGCUCAUCACUAUGGAAUGGGCUGGGGCGGAGGAUGGGGUCACGGACCUGUUGCACAUGAUACGAAUGUUCAUAUCAAUAAUUAUUACGACAAUGAUACUUCCGUAGUAAACAAUAAUGUGGAUUUGACUAAUAAUGUGGAUAUUGAACAAGGCAUUCCAGGAGGAGGUGAAGUGAUCGCCGGAGACAUGAUGCCUUUGGAAGAUGAAAGAAAUGAUUAUAUUGCUGGAGAUUUCGUACCUAUAGAAGAUAGUGGAGGGGGAAUGUUUGAUGGUGGGGGAAUGUUAGAUGGUGGAGAUAUGGAUUUCGGUGGAGGUGACUUUGGAGACUUCUGAAAUUUUUGCCAAUAACAGAAAAUUUUGAAAAUAUAUGAGAAAUUAUAAACAAAGUUUUAGAGAAUGGGAGGACGGAGAUGUUCAGAAUGAAAGACACAUACGCAAGCUUUAUCUGAUGGUAAUUAAGCAACACAAAGAAAUUACAGUUUAAAAAUCGGAGAAAAUUACAGGGAAAUUAUAUAGUACAAACAAACAUAAAGAAAUGCUGCAAUUCUAGUAUUACAGGAUAUUUUCAGAAAUACUCAAUUCAUCGACAAAUUUCAAGCAGGAAUUCAUAAAAUAUCAGAACUUCAAGGGAAAAAACUUUAUUACUGUUUAGCCUUCUACAUACAUAACUUUCUGAUGUUAUAUAUCGCUUGGCUCCUUCAACCAAUUUCUAGAUUGUGUUUCAGAAAUCAACUCUUUGAACUUUCUUCUAUUUUGGAAGGUUACUUAGGAUUUUCUAAAUUUCUGAAAUUUUAUCAACAGGUGCCUUUUAAGGAGAGAUUUCAUUUUAUAGAAAAGAAAAAUAUACGCAAAUGCCGAAUCUGCCCAGUAAAGGGCAAAUAAUAGCAGUUUAGUACUGAAUUUUCCUUUGAAGCUACCUCUUAACCAAUUAUAGAAAAACCAAUGAGAGCUUUUUGAUGAAGGGGGUAUGCCUUAAUGGACAACUUUCUAAAGGUAACUGACUUGUAUUCACAUCAUACAUGAGGAAAAUUAUAAAAGCCCAUGUGCUUUUAUUUAAAAUAAACUGCUUGAUGACAAUUUAUGCUGCAAAGAAAAUAUUCUACUCAGCACUGAAAGCGAGCAUUGCCUGCAUAAAAUCAAUGUGCUAUCAGGCUUUCCUUCCGCAGGCGGACGGUAUUUUAAUGGAAACAAACUGAAAUAUGUUUGUAAUUAUUUGCCAUCAAUUUUCAUUUGGCAGCUUCACUGAGCUGGUAUAUAUAAAAAAAGACA